GUGUGUCGGUGUGUCCUCGGAUCAGCCGGUGCGUCUGCUGGACAUUCCUGUAUGCACUGUUGUGCGCACACGCUCUGACGAUCCUGUCCUUCGCUUCUCGAGAAUAACCAUGCCGGCUGUGCGCAUUUCGGCUGUCCUAUUGGCGGCUGCUGUGCCUGCCGCGGUUGUUGGCUUCCUGGCGCCUUCUGUGCAUACCAGUGUGCGACGCCUCCAACAGCCCGCAGGUUUGAGGAUGUCCGCGACGGAGGACGCAUCUCCUUCUCCCUUUGACCGUCGGUCCCUCGUGAACCGCGUCGCGGCGGGCCUGUUGGGCACGGCCGCGGUAGUCACCACCGCUGCCGGCACUGGCGAGGAGCUACGGUUGCUGACGGGCGUGGAUACGGCCGCGUCUGCCUCGGAGCCGGGCACCAAACAGAGCCCGAUCGCCGUCGUCGGGGCGGGAGGCAAGACGGGCAAGCUGGCCGUUGAGGGCCUCUUGAAGCGCGGCAGGAACGUGCGGGCGGUCACAAGGACCGGCGAGUUCUCUCUCGGCGGCGGAGAUGUAGGAGACCUGAUGACCACCGCCGCGGGUGACGUGACCAAGACGGACACCCUCAAGCAGGCGCUUGCGGGCUGCGGGGCGGUGCUCUUCUGCGCUAGUGCCAGCAAGAAGGGCGGAAACGCCGAAGCCGUGGACUAUCAGGGAGUGCUGAACGCGGCGCAGGCGUGCGUUGAGCUGGGGAUUCCGCGGCUCGUGGUCAUCUCCAGCGGAGCGGUGACCAAACCGGACAGCUUGGGGUUCAAGGUUACCAACGUCUUCGGAAACAUCAUGACCCUCAAGAGGAAAGGCGAGAUCGGCCUCGAGGAGAUCUACGCGGCCGCUCCCAAGGGCUUGACGUACACAAUCGUGCGCCCGGGGGGUCUCACGGACGGAGCUGUCAUUGGCCCUGCAGGCAUCGAGCUGAACCAGGGCGACACAAUCGGUGGGACCGUGGGCCGCGGAGAUGUCGCGGAAGUGGUGGUGGAGGCGGCACUGAGCCCAGCAACCGAAAACACGAUAUUCGAAAUAUACGACAAAAAGAGCAGAGGGCCGCUCCAGGGAGGCUUGCCCAAGACGUCCGGAUACGAGCGCACCGGCGAGAGCUACGAGGCGAUGUUCAAGGGGCUUCAGGGGGGGAUCGGGCUGUAAGGCCUGUGUGCUGCUGCUUUGGCCAGUUCACUCUCACGGCUCUUUCUGAAAUAUCUCUGGACGUGGAACACUUUAGAAUCAUGCGCCGUUGAACUUGAUGCGGUCACGUUUUCAAAACCAUUGGUAGCAGUCGCUAGGAGGGCUGUCUAGACACGUUAUUGUAUGCGCUCCCCCGAAGGCUUUUGAGUAUGCAACGGUUGGGGUAUGGGGGCUGUAUAGACACACGUUUGUAGACGCACACCCCGAACUUUUGGAUAUGUGGAACGGUUGGGGUUUGGGACUGUUUAGACAUCCGUGGGGCUACGUGACCUCUUCUUCCCCCAAGAGAAUAUAAUCAAGGUAGCAUAGCGAGCGUUAGUAUACCGUGUGCGGGCACGACAGAACCGAGUUUGCCCUUUAAAUGCGCAACCGGGAAGCCUUUCGUUUGCGGGAGCCCUGGAACCUUGGUUGGUUCUGAAUGCUGUUCUUUUUGUAUGUGGCGAAACUUAUUCCAUGCCGCUUUUGUAGAUCUGUUGCAGCAGAAGGUACGACUCCAUGAGCGUAGUUUUUUAGCGUUUAGCCGUUCGCACGGAUACGAAUUUUCACGGUCUACAGGUUAAAACACCAAACGAAUAUAGAAUUGAACAUUAACACCCCGCACCUUCCGAUUCGUUUGUUGUGCGAUGGCGAUCCAAUAGAGUCCGGAGGAUAGGGGGAAGAGAAGGGUUUUCUCGUGGUGGGCAAUGUUUUGAGCCGUUUUGUGCUUGGGGA